UCAUCAUUAAGAUGUUUUUAGGUAAGUAUCUACCUACAUUUUUCAAUGUUUGUUACUUAGAUGAUCAACUAUAUUCCUAUAUCUAGGCAUUUCAUAUAUAUUAGAUACAAUUGCAAGGCACCUAUUUAUUGGCAAUUCGUUUUUAGACACUUUUGAAAAUGUUGUUUAUCGUUUGUUGUUUCUGAACUAGAUAUUUGAAUAUUUUAUGUGGAAAAUUAAUAAAAACUGUGAAUUCAUAUGAACAGUUUGUGAUUUUCUAAUACCAUUAUUAUAACAAACUUUAUUUUCAUGUUAUUUUUGAAGACCUGAAGAUGGACAAAAACAUCACCAAAACGUUCGAAAACAAAUUGUGAAAAAUGAGUACAUCUUUUUAUCUCCAAUCGGCAAUAAAUACCUUGCAAUAAUACUCGUAUAUUUACAUCCGAACGUGAAACACUGAAUCGUUUAUUAUGACAUGAAUAAAUUUUAUUUUUCUUAAAGGGUCUUCGAAGAUAUACCGUAUUGAAAUUUUGGCUUUCCAGCCUGCCGUGUUUACAAUCUCUUUUCGAAAUAAUAACUCGGUAUAUCUCUGAAAAUACUAUAAUCGUUCCGCAAAAAAAAUCAAUCAGUGAAAUAGGCACACCCAAUAAUAAUCAGCGAACGCGUCGAAAAAUUCAAACACCUCGAAAAUCACAAUCGAAAUGCACUAGACAUAAUCACUUGCAACGGCAACAACCGAGUCGCACUGACGCAGGAAAAAUGCAGAGAAAAAACAGGCAAAGGUGAGCGAUAGCACGUGUUCCGCAGGCCACUAGACUAGCAGCAGGAGGAUUCGGAACACAACGGUCUUGAAUAAUUCUUGUUUAUUGUGUGUUGGACCGACGUACGAUAUCGGUGUCUCGGUGUCGGUCCAGCAGGCGAUGUGCGCCCGUCGUUCGCCGGCGGCCCCGUAUCCCCACCACCACCGCGGGAACGCCCUAUGGCCUAUCGUGACCCUCGCGUGAACUAAGAACCUCCCCGGACCGCCCAGGCCAAGUCAGUGUCGGGCCCGAGACCGAAAGGUCACUAGUAGAGGCUAGAGUGUGUCGUGGGUUUGACCUAUCACCUCCAAUGUGAACAUACGUGCUCCGUCUGAAAAUCGAGCUGCUCCAAGUCACCAAGUGCGAUACAGGUUCAGAGUGUAGGAGUCGAAAAGUGUCUUGAACUUGGUGUCGAGGUUCAUGUGGUGUGAGAGUGCAGUGCGUGCGAGGUGAGGUUAUCUCCUGGAAAACGUGGAGCGCCUCAACGCCAUGGCUUUGGUAGCCAGUUCCUGGCGGGAGUCUUCGCUGGUCAACCCCAUACCGACCAGCCUGAACUCACUGUCGAACGGUCUUAACCCUUUGCCCCCCACAGGUAACCUGAAUCCGUUACCAUCGAACAUUAAUCCUAUCACUCUGGAGAAUCCUGAUGUGUCGCUCCUCAACCGGCAAACGCCAUCGCAAAACUCUCAGAAUAGCGCCAACAGUGUCGAUAAGAACCAGAACAUCGAGUGUGUUGUGUGCGGGGACAAGAGUUCCGGUAAACACUACGGACAGUUCACGUGCGAAGGUUGCAAGUCAUUUUUCAAGAGGAGUGUUCGAAGGAAUUUAACUUACUCAUGUAGAGGUAGUCGAAAUUGCCCCAUAGACCAGCACCAUAGGAAUCAGUGCCAGUACUGCCGUUUAAAAAAAUGUAUGAAGAUGGGCAUGAGGAGAGAAGUUCUUGUUACAGCCGUCCAAAGAGGUAGAGUACCACCAUCGCAGCCUUCGCUUCCAGGAUUACCGAACCAAUUCCUCAACUCCACUGAUUCGAUGACGUCAUCUCUGAGCAACCACACGUACCUUAGUAGUUACAUAUCUCUACUUCUGAGAGCAGAACCAUACCCCACUAGCAGAUACGGACAAUGCAUCCAAACCAACAACAUAAUGGGUAUCGAUAAUAUCUGCGAGUUGGCGGCCAGGUUACUCUUCUCUGCCGUAGAAUGGGCGAGGAAUAUUCCGUUUUUUCCCGAUCUCCAGGUUACUGAUCAGGUGGCACUACUUAGAUUAGUUUGGUCAGAAUUAUUUGUGCUGAACGCCAGUCAGUGUUCCAUGCCGCUUCAUGUGGCGCCCCUAAUAGCAGCCGCAGGACUACAUGCGUCACCUAUGUGCGCAGAUAGGGUGGUACAAUUUAUGGAUCACAUUAGGAUAUUUCAAGAACAAGUAGAAAAACUGAAGGCGUUACAUGUUGACUCUGCCGAGUACUCCUGUCUAAAAGCCAUAGUUCUCUUCACGACUGACGCUUGCGGAUUGAGUGACGUGGCUCACAUCGAGUCUAUUCAAGAGAAAUCACAGUGCGCACUGGAAGAAUACUGCCGAUCUCAGUAUCCCAAUCAGCCUACUAGAUUCGGCAAAUUACUAUUGCGCUUACCAAGCUUAAGGACCGUCAGUUCGGCAGUGAUCGAACAGUUAUUUUUCGUCAGACUUGUAGGCAAAACGCCGAUCGAAACCUUGAUCAGAGACAUGCUUCUGUCGGGAAGUUCGUUUUCGUGGCCGUAUAUGUGAUACUUGAAACUGUACUAGUAGGGGUGCUAGUCAAACUGUAUUCUCAACUGGGGGAGGGGCAGGUAGGUGAACGUCAACUGGAUGCAGAUUCAUUCAUAACGAAUUUCUG